AUGGAGGCCAUCAAGAAGAAGAUGCAGAUGCUGAAGCUGGACAAGGAGAACGCCCUGGACCGGGCGGAGCAGGCGGAGGCUGAGCAGAAGCAGGCGGAGGAGCGGAGCAAGCAGCUGGAGGAUGAGCUCGCUGCCAUGCAGAAGAAGCUGAAGGGGACAGAGGACGAGCUGGACAAAUACUCCGAGGCGCUGAAAGAUGCCCAGGAGAAGCUGGAGCUGGCAGAGAAGAAGGCGGCGGACGCUGAGGCAGAAGUGGCAUCUUUGAAUCGCCGUAUCCAGCUGGUAGAGGAGGAGUUAGACCGAGCCCAGGAACGCCUUGCCACAGCUCUGCAGAAGCUGGAAGAGGCAGAGAAGGCUGCAGAUGAAAGUGAAAGAGGCAUGAAAGUCAUUGAAAACAGAGCUCUGAAGGAUGAGGAGAAGAUGGAACUGCAGGAGAUCCAGCUCAAGGAAGCCAAGCACAUCGCAGAGGAGGCAGAUAGGAAGUAUGAGGAGGUUGCUCGGAAACUGGUGAUCAUAGAAGGAGAUCUGGAGCGUACUGAAGAGAGAGCUGAGCUUGCAGAGUCUAAAUGUUCCGAGCUGGAAGAAGAGCUGAAGAAUGUCACCAACAAUCUCAAGUCUCUUGAGGCUCAGGCUGAGAAGUACUCUCAAAAAGAGGAUAAAUACGAAGAAGAGAUCAAGAUCCUGACUGAUAAACUCAAAGAGGCGGAGACCCGUGCUGAAUUUGCUGAGCGGUCUGUAGCCAAACUGGAGAAGACCAUUGAUGAUUUGGAAGAGCGCCUGUACAGCCAGCUUGAGAAAAAUCGCCUGCUCUCUAACGAGCUGAAGUUAACGCUGCAUGAUCUGUGUGACUGAGAAGGGGGCCCACUAAUGCCAUUAAACGAGCUUAUUGCGACCACCAAUGCUGUGGACCAGAGUGAAAUCUGAUCAUUCUUUAAGACUGGCAGACUUGCAAAUUUUAUGCAAUUGCUGCUAUUUAACGGGGCACUUGAAUUUAUCCUCUAAUUUAUUUAAGAGUUUUUUUUUUUAUAUAUAAAGGUAACCUCUACUCUUGCUGAAGUAACCCUCAGACUUGGCUGUCUUUUGAGCAGUCUUGUUCGCUUGUCCAGGGGGUCCUGCCUGGCUCCUCCAUGGAACCAGAAUGGCUGCACCCACCAAGAGAGGGGUGGGGUGAAGUUAGGCUUACGUCUGCUAAAAGAUGCCUGUCGAGUGCUACGACCUAAUUUACUGUUAGCUGAAUGACUGUAGGAUGUCCUGCUGCAUGGAAUGAUGGCUUCUAACAAUAAAUGACUGACCUCGUGGUCUGUAAGACACUGCA